ACGCGUAUGCGUAUCAGCUGCCCCUUUCGAAGAACGCAUCCCUUCUGUGUGUUUUCCUUUUCGCUCUCUCGAAAAUUUCGAUCGCUCACGAACACGAUACAAGCACGCAGAGCUGCGGAUAAAUCUGCUGAAUGCAUCGGGUACGUUCAGGUUUACGCCAAUCUUACUUUCUUGUGUUGGAACCAUUUCGAAGGAGCCUGGAUUUGAAUGGUGACGAGGUCGUUUUGGCUGUAAAUCCAAUUAUUUGGGGAUAAGUUUCGAUGGAGGAACCAAUGGGGCGAAGAUUCGCAGUCGGCUACGCUCUGUCUUCGAAGAAGCAGGCGAGUUUCAUUCAAAUUUCUCUGAUAAAUGCCGCGAGGGAGAAGGGCAUCGAUCUCGUCAAGAUCGAUUUGGAAAAGCCCUUAAUCGAGCAGGGACCCUUCGAUUUGGUCCUCCACAAAAUCUAUGGCGACGAGUGGAGGCAACAGCUGGCCGACUACUCCAGCAAGAAUCCCGACGUUUUGAUAAUCGAUUCCCCCGAUGCAAUUGAGAGGCUCCACAAUCGCAUAUCAAUGCUGCAGGUGGUUACGGAUUUGAACGUUGUUGAAUGCGAUAGGGUGUCGUUUGGCAUCCCGAAGCAGACUGCGGUAUACGACGCGAGUGCCGUGGGGGAGUUGGAUGUGGAGGGCGAAGGGCUGAAGUUUCCGGUGGUGGCGAAGCCCUUGGUGGCGGAUGGCAGCGCCAAGUCGCAUAAGAUGUCGUUGGUGUACAAUAGGGAUGGGCUGAGUAAGCUGAAGCCGCCGGUGGUGCUGCAGGAGUUCGUGAAUCAUGGAGGGGUUAUAUUCAAGGUGUAUGUCGUUGGGGAGUAUGUCAAAUGCGUGAAACGGAAGUCUCUGCCCGAUGUGAAUGUGGAGAAUUUGGGGAAUCUAAAGAGCUCGUUGUCGUUUUCUCAGGUUUCGAACCUAAAUAGCCUGGAAAGGAGAGGCGAUGCUUACUAUAGGAUGAUCGAUUGGGAGGAUGGCAAGACGGAGAAUCCUCCCAUGGACUUGCUGGUGGUUAUUGCGAGGGGUCUUCGCCGAGCAAUGGGGUUGCAUUUGUUUAAUUUUGAUGUAAUUAGGGACACUAGCAUCGGGAACAGGUACCUUGUGAUCGACAUCAACUAUUUCCCUGGGUAUGCGAAGAUGCCGAGCUAUGAGCAUGUUUUGACAAGCUUCUUCUAUGACGUGUUAAGUGAAAAGGACGAUGGUAAGAAGGAUGUGAAUUCGGAUAGUGUGAUGCAGAUUCCUUGUGAGCAGAAAGUGAGGAUGCUGAUGAGUAAUGUUAGUUAUGGGGAGGAUGAUGGGGCUUUGAAUCUUCCCAUUUCGCCGCUAAAGCGUGACGCAAAAGAGGACACAAUUCAAGUUUAGGAAAUUGCGCGGGAGGAGUGUGGGGCUUUCAAGUGACAUCUGGGACAAUAUGAUUCGUUCAUUCUAUCGUUUGUCGGCUUAUGAACCUUCCGCACUGGAUCAGCGCAAGAUUGAGUGGUCAAUGAGUAGUUAAUAAGUAGGUUUAAUUGCUUUGGAUCUGCUGCCAAUGCAGAUGAAGUUCGGCUCCAUGUCAAUCGGGUGCAUUCCAGUUGCUGAGACAGGUCCUUUUCUAUGGAGAUAGGUAAUUCUUGGGGACUCUGAAAGUGUUUUAGAAAUUACUAUGUUUUGCUCUUCAGCAACUGUAUAUUUAGAUUUGGGAAUUGUUUGUCAGCCUCUUGAAUUGACUAAAGUCGUUUAUCGUCUUGAACAUAGCAGCAGUUUGAGACUCACAAGGCCUUUCAUUGCCAUGUGUUCAUAGCAGCCAUAAUGUUUACCUUAUGAGUUUUACUGGAAUUGUUUUGGAUGUUAAUAUAUGCUUGUGAAUGUAUAUGCUCUAGCUGGUUGUUUUUGCACUA